AUCUUUAUCGGAGAUUGUGUUAUCAAAACUUCAGAUAUGGAUGUGAGUGUUAUAAAGGGAAACAUUCUUACACUUACAGACGAAGUGGUCAUACCUAUCAGUGCAGUUUCAACUGCAAUUAAGGCACUUGGGAGUGAAGUGGCUGUGCAGAAUGAUCCUCUAAUCAUCACCCAAGCCUCAUCUCUAAAAGAGCUGCCGGUUCAGUCCUCCUCUCUGGAUAUAGUUGUCUCGAUCUCAAGGACACUUGAACUUCUUGGAGGUCAAUUACUUGAAGAGAUAUCCAGAGUGUUGAAACCUGGUGGGGUGGUCCUAAUUCAGAUUCUGCAGCAGCCAAGCUCUACACUUGAACGUAAAAUACUGAUGGCGGGAUUCCUUGAACCACAAGUUCUCCAACUCAAACCAUUUGUACAGCAAGUUUACAUUCAGUCCCUUACGAUUAAGGCCAAAAAACCUUCUUGGAAGGUUGGUUCAUCGUUUUCCAUCAACAAGAAGGCACAAAGUUUGCCAAAAGUCCAAAUUAAUGGUGACAUGUAUCUUAUUGAUGAAGAUAGUCUUUUGACAGAGGAAGACUUGAAGAAACCACAAUUGCCACCUGUUGGUGAUUGUGAAGUUGGAAGCACAAGGAAAGCUUGUAAGAAUUGCACUUGUGGACGGGUUGAGGUAGAACAGAAAGUGCAGAAGCUGGGAUUGACUGCAGAACAACUGAACAACCCUCAAUCUGCAUGUGGCAAUUGUGGGCUAGGAGAUGCAUUCCGGUGCGGUACAUGCCCUUACAAGGGUCUCCCCCAAUUCAAAUUGGGUGACAAGGUCUCGCUCACUGGAAACUUCCUUGUUGCUGACAUUUGAUUUUUGGAGGACGAACUUGGUAGUUGCUUUACAUGAAUUUAAGGAGUUCUGGUCUUUAAAAAGUUAUUAAAUGUAGUGUAGUCGUUAAACCAUUAAUGAGUCUUGAUUCAAUCCAACUGAAACGCAUCAAGCAUAUGCCUCAUAGAAUUGUGCUUUCAGUAGGAGCCACCAUUGUUAUAGUGAAGUGGAAAACAAUUUUUCU